GGAGAGGCACAACCUGUUGUAGCUUAUAAAAAAGGAAAGCUCUUUGGUAAGAAUGGAAAGUCCUGAGAGCCAGUAGGCGAGUCUGCUCCCCAGGAGGCGAUAGCAUCCCAAGUCCACUAGGAUUUUAGCUCCAACCACCGGACUGUCUUUCGUCCAGACUGGACCAGGAAGUCACAUCAAAGGGCCGAGCAAGACCCUGGGCAAAGCAGCUGGGUGAACCAAGUUACAAAGAAGCCAAGGAAAGCUGCAGAAUGGCGAGAAAAGGCAGAGACGCAUAGGAGGGAUAAGACGGGAGGAGGGAGGCGAGGAGGGAGGGGAGAGAGCAGAAAGCCGAGCACGGACGUCAGGAACAAAAGCUCCGGCGGAGUCUGGCGGAGGCACUAGGGGAGCACGGGGUGUUUUGAAUAAUUAUUAAAAUUAGCAUGUGUCUGCGCCAUCCUGUGGGUGUGGCGCAGAGCGGAGUGUAAACUCUAGCGGGGCCGGAGCAAACACUGGAUUAGCGGCAGCAGCCUGCCAGCCUGCCCGGGAGUGUGGGGACCAGCGCGCGGCACGCCGACCGGCACGAUGGCCUCGUCUCAGGGGAAGAGCGAGCUGAAAUUCGCCGACUGGAUGGCAACUCUGCCGGACAGCAUCCACAGCAUCCCCCUCACCAAUUUAGCCAUCCCAGGAUCUCAUGAUUCCUUCAGCUUCUACAUUGAUGAAGCCUCUCCAGUAGGGCCUGAACAGCCAGAAACCGUCCAGAAUUUUGUCUCUGUGUUUGGAACCGUAGCCAAAAAGCUGAUGCGGAAAUGGUUAGCCACUCAAACAAUGAACUUUACUGGUCAGCUAGGAGCUGGGAUCCGUUAUUUUGAUCUUCGAAUUUCCACCAAGCCCAGGGACCCCGACAAUGAACUCUACUUUGCUCAUGGUUUGUUCAGUGCCAAAGUCAAUGAAGGCCUUGAGGAGAUUAAUGCAUUCCUCACAGAUCACCAUAAGGAGGUAGUAUUCUUGGACUUCAACCAUUUUUAUGGGAUGCAGAAAUAUCACCAUGAAAAACUGGUCCAAAUGCUGAAAGACAUCUAUGGAAACAAGAUGUGCCCAGCAAUUUUUGCCCAGGAAGUUAGUCUAAAGUACCUGUGGGAGAAAGACUAUCAAGUGCUGGUCUUCUACCAUAGUCCAGUGGCUCUGGAAGUGCCCUUUCUCUGGCCUGGGCAGAUGAUGCCAGCACCCUGGGCCAACACCACAGACCCGGAAAAACUGAUCCAGUUUCUUCAGGCAUCCAUCACGGAGAGAAGAAAGAAGGGCUCGUUUUUUAUAUCUCAGGUGGUACUGACCCCCAAAGCUAGCACUGUGGUCAAAGGAGUGGCCAGUGGCCUCAGAGAAACGAUCACAGAAAGGCAGAAUUUUGUCCUCUACACCUUAGGGAAGGAUGAGGACAGAGGAUGGACAAGAAAGCUAGGAAAAGUCAGAGACCGUCAGACUGCAGGGACCAACAUGGAAGGGUCAACCGGCUCUCUAUCUGCAUCAUGCGCAACAUAACAAGGUGCCCUGGAACCUUGACCAGAGAGGAUCAGACGUCAGACCUGGGGGUGGGCCAUCAAUUUUGUGCAGAGCUGACCUUUCAUGGGCUCUCUUUCUGCCUCGUGAACACAAUAAACUCUAAUAUUUCCAUCUUAUGGGGACAUACCCCAGUUCACAACCAUACCUCAAACAAUAUUUCUGCUGCCCGACUUACUCUGUUGUUGCCUGGACCCAGCAGGUGUGGGGCUGGACUCUGGGAAGUUGUUCACCUGUGGCACCAUCACCUUAGCAGCUUCAGGGAGCUCACGAAGGGUGGAGACUCAGAAUGGUUCAAAGGCAGCUCAGGGUGACAUGAGAAAGCACCAAUCUCCAUGAAGAGCAACUUUCUGGCUCUGCCCUAUCCCACCCCCCACCCCGCCACCCCUGCCAUGCCCCAAUAGGUCAGUGCACUGGGGGGACAGCUGAUAAUGGAUUAGUCUCUUCAGUAAAAGGGAAAGUGGCCUCCUCAGGAGACACAUGCCUAAAGAGAAAGAAUGUCAAGGAGACCAUGGAAGAUCGGCAUUAGAAUAAUCAUUGUUUGUAAGAUGCUUUCAUCAUAAGGUUUAAUUUCUUCAACAUAUACUUAUGGAGGCCUCAUUUGUUCAACAGGUAUUAUUCUUGAUAUGCAAUUUAAGAAACUAAGGUCAGAAAAACUAAAUAAUUUGUUCAAGUGGGGCUUGACCAGUGCUAGGAUCAAUUCAGAAUCUAGGUCUUUUGAACCAUUAGGAAGAGGAGUCUGGCUUGUAAAUAAGAUGGAAGCUCCAGAC